CGUCGUGUUGUUUUUGUGCUCGCGGCUCUCGGGAAAAGCGACCGGGAAUUCUUUACCUGGCCCUAUCCUGUCUUGGAACCCAGGCGCCGAGUCCACCCUUUCUGAAAGCUCUGCCGAGCGGCGCUGCGACGUGGGCUGGCCUCUCGGAAGCGAAUCUCAGACUCAUUGCGAAUUGCCCAAAGGGAUCAUCAAAAGACGGGAGAGACGCCUUCGUCCGCGAGGGAGGCAGGCCCCGUCCGGGGGUUUUAGAAAUCCUGCGGUUCAUCAUGAAGUUCCAGUAUAAGGAGGACCAUCCCUUUGAGUAUCGGAAAAAGGAAGGAGAAAAGAUCCGGAAGAAAUAUCCGGACCGGGUCCCUGUGAUUGUGGAGAAGGCUCCCAAGGCCAGGGUGCCUGACCUGGACAAGAGGAAGUACCUCGUGCCCUCUGACCUCACUGUUGGCCAGUUCUACUUCUUAAUCCGGAAGAGAAUCCAUCUGAGACCUGAGGACGCCUUAUUCUUCUUUGUCAACAACACCAUACCUCCCACUAGUGCGACCAUGGGCCAGCUGUAUGAGGACAACCAUGAGGAAGACUACUUUCUGUAUGUGGCCUACAGUGACGAGAGUGUCUACGGGAAAUAAAUGCCUUAUCACUGCUUUAUGUGCUCCUCAGAGCUGAAGGUGGAAGACUGCCUACAUGAGAAGAUAGCAGAGUGGAGGUGGGGGGUGCUUGUUAAAAUGUCUGCGUCUUGUCCCGGGUUUAGCUGACUCAGAAUCUCAGCGUAGGCAGCUGCAUUAACUGGCUCCUUGUGACUCUGCUGCACACCGAAGCUGCAGAGGCUCUGCUCUGUUAACCUGGCUUCCCUGUAAGUCCCAAGCCAGCCUGUUCUUGCUAUCAUGUCCUGGUCUGUAAGAAGCCACCGUCUUCCAAAGCAGCAAAAGGCACCUCAAUGGCUUUUGGGCUUGGCACAAGCUUGGUGCCCCUUCCAACCUUAGGUUAGAACCUUCAGUCAGGAACCCAUAUGUAGGUGGGCAGUUGGGGUACAAGUUAAGAGACAGCAAAAAACAGAUGAGUGGAAUUUCCUUUCUGAAAGAAAUCAGGUGGUUCUGCUUUAUUCCACUUUUUUCCCAACGCAAAAUUUUUUUUUUUCCCUAGAAAGCCUGGUGCACUUAAGAAAGUUUGUAGGACUAUAUUGUGAAAUCAGGUUAAAAAUGCGAAAGAACAACAAAUGGUUAAAACGUGAAUAGUGGUGACUAGGCAGACAAGUGCACCGCCAUGCUCAGACUCUGGGGGGCGCUCUGCCCUGGUGGUGUGUAUGGCAUUCUCCAGAGCUGGGUAGGGCCCAGGGCUCUGCCUUGUUGCAUUCACCCUUUGAACAUAGUAUUGUCAGUUAUUCCAAGUUGCUGUGAAAAUGUUCCAUAUAUUAACCACAUAAUUCUUUAUGGUGACUCUGUCGGUAACCACCCAAUAUAAUAGGUAUGGUGUGAUUUGAGGUCUUGUGUGUGAGUUGGGGGUGCUCUUGCCCAUGAAUACAGCCUCAAGUCAGCUGUAAUAACACACAGUCAUUUCCAGAAAAAUAAACUAGUUGAUAAACUGA